CCUCCCCCAAGGAUCCAGACAAUGUUCCCUUGUCUCUUCCCACAUCCAUCCAUCUUCCCCCUGCCCUGAUUGCCAAUCCAUCAAACCAUGCUGGCCCCAGAAAUGAGGGAGAAAGCCAUGUCUCCCUCCGAGGCCACCCCCCUUCUCACGUCGGUGAACGUUGUUCCCCGACGCCCUCGCUAUCCCCAUCACACCCUCCGCCGCAUCUGCAGCUUCGCAUUGGGAUCCCUGCUCCUCCUCUCUCUCAUCCUCUUCCUCAUCCCCUCGGCCAUCCUGCCCCGCGAGCACGGCUCCAUCUGGUCCUACUUCCCCGGUGCCCAUCCCUACCCACACGCCGCCUGGCCCCAGGGCAACGGCCUCGGCUACAAAGACCUCCAGGCCAUCCUCCAGGAGACGCCGUCGGCCCAGAAGGCGCGCGAAUGGAGCACCUACUACACGGCGGGGCCGCACCUGGCGGGGAAGAACCUGAGCCAGGCGCUCUGGACGCAGGAGCGGUGGCAGGAGUUCGGCGUCGCGGACACCAGCAUCGUGGCGUACGACAUCUACCUCAACUACCCGGUGGACCAUGCGCUCUCGCUGCUCAAGAAGCAGGACGAGAAUAGCUUCGAGGUCCAGUACGAGGCCACCCUGGAGGAGGACGUGCUGGAGGAGGAUCACACCAGCGGCCUGGAGGAUCGCGUGCCCACGUUCCACGGCUACUCGGCGAGCGGCAACGUGACGGCGCCGUUUGUCUACGUCAAUUACGGCACGAUCGCGGAUUUCCAGGACCUGGUGGAUGCCAAUGUCAGCCUGUCGGGUAAGAUCGCCAUCGCCAAGUACGGGCGCAUCUUCCGGGGGCUGAAGGUGAAGGCGGCGCAGGAGCAUGGCAUGGUGGGAGUCGUGCUGUACGAUGAUCCACAGGCGGAUGGCGACAUCACCGAGGAAAAUGGCUACAAGCCGUACCCGGACGGCCCUGCUCGGAACCCGAGUGCCGUGCAGCGGGGAAGUGUUCAGUUCCUGAGCUUCGCCCCUGGUGAUCCUACUACGCCUGGUUACCCUUCGAAACCAGGCAGUGAGCGUAAAGACCCCCAUCAUGCGAUCCCCUCGAUCCCCUCCAUUCCCGUGUCGUAUAAGGAAAUCCUUCCCUUCUUGAAGGCUCUCAAUGGCCAUGGACCCAAGGCAGAGGACUUCAACGAGUGGUGGCAAGGGGGCAAACUCGGCUACAAGGGCGUUAAGUAUAACAUCGGUCCUACGCCGGAUGACGUCGUCAUCAACCUCUACAACGAGCAAGAGUACACGACCACACCGUUGUGGAAUGUGAUUGGCGUCAUCAAGGGCUCCAUCCCGGAUGAGGCCGUAGUUGUGGGUAACCACCGAGACGCCUGGAUUGCCGGUGGAGCUGCCGACCCCAACAGCGGGUCCGCCGCCCUGAACGAAGUGAUUCGCAGCUUCGGGCAAGCGCUCAAGGCCGGGUGGAAGCCGCUUCGUACUAUUGUGUUUGCCAGCUGGGAUGGCGAGGAGUACGGUCUGCUGGGCUCUACCGAGUGGGUGGAGGACCAGCUUCCAUGGCUCUCCAAGGCCAACAUUGCGUAUCUCAAUCUGGAUGGCGCCGCUUCUGGUUCCAGGUUUAAAACUUCGGCGAGCCCGCUUUUGAACAAUGCGAUCUACGAGGCCACAGGCCUUGUGCAGUCCCCCAAUCAGACCGUUGCCGGUCAGACGGUCCGCGAUGUCUGGGAAGUCGUCGCGGACAGGUAUAUCGGGACCAUGGGAAGCGGUAGUGAUUUCACUGCCUUCCAGGACUUCGCCGGAGUGGCCAGUCUUGAUCUGGGCUUUACUACGGGGGACAACGACGCCGUGUAUCACUACCAUUCCAACUACGACAGCUUCGAUUGGAUGGACCGAUUCGGUGACCCCAAUUGGCUCUACCACGAGGCAUGCUCCAAGGUUCUGGCCUUGAUAACGGCCAACCUGGUCGAAACCCCCGUUCUGUCGCUGAAUGCUACGGACUACGGCCUCGGUCUCGGCGCAUACCUGGACAAGAUCCGGCCUAACGCAAAGCACCUACCUGACGGUGCCUCCUUCGACUUUGGCCCCUUGGACAAGGCCAUCGCCGAGUUCCAGGGAGUGGCCGUGCAGUUUGACGCGUACGCGGCGGACCUGGCCUCGCAGUUGGGCGAGGACGUGCCUUGGUACCAUUGGUGGAAGAAGGUGAAGCUCUAUUUCCAGAUCCGCGUGGUCAACGACAAGUACAAGUUCCUCGAGCGAGAGUUCUUGUACGCACCCGGACUGGACGGGCGCAGCUGGUUCAAGCAUGUUGUGUUCGCGCCCGGCGUUUGGACCGGAUACGCCGGGGCGACGUAUCCCGGCUUGGUGGAGAGCUUUGACGCGGGCGAUGUGUCCAAUGCACAGAAAUGGCGCGCGAUCAUCGUUGAGCGCUUGGAAGCUGCCAUCAAGCUGCUGCAUUAGGCGGCCAGAUUUGAAUUAAACCAGCGUAGGGGAAACCCCGUGAAGUAGAAUUGGCGGGUUGAGAUAUACAGAUUGCACAAAAGAAGCGGAUCUCAUUAUGUAGACCGGCGAAUAUGACGAUAUCUUUUUUUGGAUUAUCAUUGAUCCAUGUCGC